UCGCUUGUCAACAGAAAACAGACAACCUUGGACACAGCUAAGCAAAAGGAAUUCAGAAAUCUGCCAAGGAAAUUCAGUCAUGAAGUUUGCUAAAACUUUCUCUGCUAUUCUGGUCAUCUUCCUGCUUUACGCCACUGUAACAGAAGGAAUGUCCGUAGCCAGAUCAAUAUCAGAAUUAAGAUGUCGUUGCAUCAACGUUGCAAAGCCAGAAAAACCUAUUAAAAACAUGAAGAGUUUGGAAAUCAUACCCAGCGGCCCCCACUGCAAAAAUACUGAAGUAAUAAUUACUCUCAAAAGUGGAAGCAGUGUUUGUGUCGAUCCAUCAACCCCUUGGGUAGAAAAAUUGAUCAAGAAUAUAUUGGAAAAGCAGAACAAUGAGGAAACAGUUUAAGAGAUUUCUUCCACCUCCCUCGAAGAUCACAUCUAUCCUGUCAGGGAUUUCAAUGUUGGGUUAUUUACUAUUUAUGUUAAUAAAAUUUAUUUAUUCUCUUUAUAGCUGUGACAUGAGCAGACAACACAAUGUGGUUUGGGGUUUUAUUGUCU